CUUCACGUCCUCUCCACGUCCUAUCUAUAAAUGCCUGCAUCCCCGCGUUGGACAAGACCCACAACCUGCAGUUCGGGGCCUUAAACCACAGUCCUGGGUCGAGUCUCUAGCCGUCUCUUUGUUCGCCAAUCUAUCGCUAUCUACUACUACUGUUGCCGUCUCCCCCAUCGUCGCUCUUCAUCAUGGCCAUCACCGAGAACCACAAGGCUCACAAUGUGGAGGUCAACGAACACGCCCCUGUUGCCGCCACGGAUGCAGAGACGUCCCAGCUUGGUCGUCUUGCCAACCAGGUGGACCACGAAGAAGGCAAACUUGCGUCGUUCCGCAAGUACCCUUGGGCCUGUCUUUGGUGCAUCUACAUGGUCUGGCUGGUACUGCUGGUCAGUUUCGAGAACCAGGCUGCCGGAAACGUUAUUGGUAUUCCGCAAUUUAGGAAGGAUUUUGGGCGCGAGUUCAAGGCUGCGGAUGGGACCGUGAGCUACGUCGUCGAGGCGAAGUGGCAAUCUGCUUUCCAGGGCGCACCUGUGGCAUCCGCAAUCGUCGGUGCCCUCGGAUGUGGUCAACUUGCUGACUGGCUCGGCCGUCGCUUGGUCGUCAUGAUCUGCCUGGCUGUCACUUUCGUCGCCAUUGCCAUGGAAUUCGUCGCUACAACCAACGCCCUUUUCUUCGGUGGAAAGUUCCUGAACGGCUUCGUUCUGGGUGCCCUCGCAUCUGUCACCGUCACAUAUAUUGGCGAGAUCGCUCCUUUGAAGCUCCGCGGCAUGUUGACCUGCUUGACUGCUCUCGCAUACACCCUCGGGCCACUCACUGUCGCUCUCAUCGUGAACUCCACUGGUGUCUACACUACUCGCUGGGCCUACCGCUCUGUAUUUGCUGCUCAGUUUGGCUUUGCCGCCAUUGCUAGUGCUAUCGUCUGGUUCAUGCCUGAAUCACCCUGGUGGUUGGUCUCGAAGGAACGCCAGGCGGAUGCAUUGAGGGCGCUGAACAAGCUAGGUCACACCGGACCCGAAGGCGAGCAGAAAUUGGCUCAGAUCUUGACCACGCUCCAGGAGGUCAGGCGUGAAACUGAAGGCGUCACCUAUCUGGAAUGCUUCCGCAAGUCCAACCUGCGACGAACCAUCAUCUCGGUCAUGCCUCUCUGCAUCCAGGCCCUCAGUGGAAUUGCCUUUGCCGCUUCUUAUAGUACUUACUACAUGCAGCUGGCAGGCUUUACCACGGCGAUGUCCUUCAAACUCCAGAUCGUCCAGCAAGUCAUCUCCCUCGUCGGAAACGUCAUGUCCUGGUACUUGGUUGACCGCGUCGGACGCCGCAAUCUCACCUUCUGGGGCCUGUUCGUUCUCACGAUUAUCCUCUUCGUCAUGGCAGGUCUCGCCGUCGUCGGCACUGUCCCCGCGCUCAAGGGCGCCAUCAGCAUGAUCCUCCUCUACUGCUGGUGGUACAACGUCACGAUCGGCGCUACGGCGUACACGAUUCUCUGUGAGACCAGCACGUCCCGUCUCCGCGUCAAGACGAUUGCCAUCGGUCUCGCUCUCCAGAACGGCCUCCAGACCAUGUGGUCCUUUACUCUUCCUUACCUCUUCAACCCCGACCAUCUCAAUCUCGGGGGUCGCUUGGGCUUCAUUUUCGGAGGCCUUGCCGUCAUCUGCUUGGUGUACUUGUGGCUCUUCCAGCCCGAAACUGCUGGACGCACAUACGAGGAGUUGGAUGAGAUGUUCGUCAAGAAGGUUCCUGCAAGGAAGUUCAAGACGUAUCAAACUGACACCCAGGCCAUGGGUGAAGCCGUUAAGGAGAAGGACGGCAUGUAAGCGUAUCGUUUAGCUGUGUAUUACGAAGCGAG